CCCACUGAAAAGCAGGACGCCAUUUAUUCCCGUUGAUUUCUCGCUCCCUGCUGCCUGCUUCGAUCUUGUUAUCCUUAUUCAGAUGGCUAGAGGAAGCAGUGACGGGCACAGUGGUAGACGAGGGCGCGGUGAUGGUAGAGGGCGAUCAUCAUCCUCAGGGGCAUCAUCACAGGCGUCUGAUGGGGGCAUUCGUGAUUCAGUUGCCCAGAUACAGUUGGCUGGAGGUAGUGGAUCCGCUCCGACAUCAUCAGAAGAUACCGUGCCCAGCAGCAACUCGAGCACGGGUCGGAUUAUGUUGACCAUUACACCUCAGGGUAAGAUCUACCAAUACGAGUACGUGCCCAAAGCAUGUACUCGUAUUUUCAGGCAAGUUAGGAACCCUAAUGGCUUUAACUGGAAGGCGACACAUGAUGAUGUGAAGAAUUUAUAUUUUAUGGAAUUCAAGAAGCACUUCAUGUGGGAUGAUAGUAUCAAACAGGCAGUGAAGUUGGAUUUUAUGAAGAUCGCGGCUCGUAGGUAUAAAGAUUUUGUAUAUGAAAUCAAGAUGGCAAAGGAUGAUCCGAAUAAGGGAAGGCCACCAUUUAUUCAUGAGCGUGAGUGGCCUGAUUGGUUGAGUUACUGGAGGAGUGAGGCUGUGGUUAAGAAAUCAGAAACGGCCAAAAAGUGCAGAAUGUCUGAGCCUGAAGGUCCAGGAACAGGACAAGUGAAGCAUAAAGGAGGCUCCAAAUCUACUCUCCAGAUUGCCGAUGAGAUUGCCAAAAAGAAGGGCGUUGAUCCCAAUCAGUGCUUCUAUGACGCUUACGAGGUCCUCCACGUGAACAAAGAUGGAUCAUAUACUGACCCUAGAUUUGAGACAGUUGGGAGAAAAAUUGAAGAGCUAAGGGAACAACAAAGUCAGCCGGUGGAUGGAUCUACUGAGCCACAGGAGGUGGACAUGGCCAAAAUAUACCUUGAGGCUGUAGGUGGAUUGGAUAAGAAGAAGAGGUUGUUUGGUGUUGGUAGUCUGGCAUCUCAGGAGUGAUGGUUCGAGUGGAUCAUCUCACGCUCGAUCCUCAGCUUAUGACGAUACAAUAGUUGGUCUCCAGAAUGAGUUGCAGAAGGAGCCAGAUGAGCGUCGACAAGAGAGUGAGAGCUUCAGGGCACACCUACUAGCACAGCACGAGUACUUGACUCGCUUUUGUGCACAGUCGGGAUUGCCCCCCCCCCCCACCACCACCUCCGCCUCUUUGACUUUGAUGUGUAUUACUAUUUUGGAUAUGUAGUAUGUUAGACUUGGAUGUGUGUGAAAACUUAUUAGGAUUGUAGUAUGUGAAAACUUAUUAGGAUUGCAUUUGAAUGUUUGAAAACUUAUUAGGAUUGACUUGGA